AUGGAUAAUGAGGCAUUCGCCACACUAAGAGCCCGACUCGGGCUACCACUCUCGGAGAUUAUUCGACCGACGUCGUUGGCCAACUACAUCGGUCAGCGUCAUCUCAUCAACGAAUCUGAUGGUGCUAUUUCCAACUUUCUCUUCAUGGGAUACAUACCUUCCAUGAUCCUUUAUGGCCCGCCAGGAGUAGGAAAAACAACAUUGGCUAACAUCAUUGCAAAGGACACCGGUUACGUCUUGGUGGAAUUGUCUGCCACAGAAGCCACCGUGGCCGAACUAAGGGAGCUAUCUUCUCUGAUUCGUGGAGAGAACAGGAAGAGACUUCGACACGGAGAAGCACGGCUCAAAGUGGCUGUGUUCAUAGAUGAAAUACACCGCUUCUCCAAAAACCAACAAGACUUCUUGCUUCCAUUCAUAGAGGCGGGAGAUUUUGUAUUCAUCGGAGCUACCACUGUUGAUCCCGCAAAGAGAAUACGACGUGCCAUUCUUUCACGGUGCCAGUUGUUUGAACUUCAACAUUUAUCCAACGAAGAAGUGAUUGAGGUGUUACGCAAGGCAGCAUUGUAUGAGAAUAUUCGAAGGAAAGUGCUCUCCAACCUCGAGUUCAUCACUUUCGAGGAUGGUGCCUUUCAAGUGGUGGCAGACUACUCCCAUGGAGACACGAGGACAGCCAUCAACUUCAUUGAGUUGUUCAGCUCUCGGUACAACUCUUCUGAUCAUACUAUUGGCUCUAAUCACAGUAAGUUGACGUUUAGCGUCGAUGACGUGAAACAGGUGGUGAGAUCACUUACUAAGGCAAGAUUUGGACUUACAAACGACGAAAACAUCCCUUUGUUUGUACAGUUGUUCAAUUGCAUGAAUGGAAGAAUUCUGUACAAUCAAGUUGCUUUAGAUAACCCACAUCCUUUGGUCACAUAUAAGCAUGUGAUGGGAUCUCUAAUAGUGACCAUAAAACAUGCCAAAGUGCUCGACACCCUUGUUGACCAUGAAGAACCACCACUUAGAUCUUCAGAGUUUUCCAAGUAUUUGGACUGGGACUUAGAAACCAAGAAAUGGGGAGACCGGGCACGUGAAUGGGCUUCACAAAUGGACUACUCGGAUGAUAGUGACGUCGAGCCUGGGCAGAUAUAUUCAGACUCUGACUCCGACGACAUUGCAUUCUCUAGUCGAGUUUGCAGGAUUUCAGCUCCAAGUUUUCGAGCUUCUGCUGCAGUUCACACCUUGCUUCAGCUUUUAGCCAAGGGAGAGUCCGAAUUCUUCAUUCUAAAACAGCUCAUACUCUUCGUUUGCAUGUACAUCCUGCCAGAUACUCCCGAAUUAGUUAAAGUUGUGGCUGUUCUCAAAGCAUUGAGACAUUCUACCGUUGAUUCUACAAAACUUCUUAGUCUCCUGGUAGAAAGACUAUCUGGUCUUCCUAAGUCAUAUGAAAUCUCUUUUGUGAAAGUGAUCCGUCAGAUCAAAGAUUACUGCUCACGUCAAACUGCUGUUCCCGAACUUACCCCACACAUAGAAGAUAUAGAAAUUGUUUUCGACGAGACAUUGGCAAAACAACUAUUGGAAGAUAUCGACGAGUCAGCAUUAAGACAGUCCUACCAUUUUAAUUUUGCGGUAGUUGACGAGAAUCAAAUUGAAGGAUAUACAUUGGGAUGGGAGACCACGCUGGUUGACGACGUGAUCAAAUAA